AUGACCUCAUUCACUGCUGCUUCUUUGCCCAGUCGUGGUGAUAAGGUCAAUAUGAGUCGUCUGCCGUCUGUUUCGAGUUUAAUGUCCCCCCCAGAGACUAAGCCCCUCGAGAGCUUCAGUCCCACCACAAUCUCACCGUAUACAAUGGCCCAGGAUCCGCCGUAUAACCAUGAAGUGAGGCUUCCUCCCAUGCCGAGUGAUCACAAGCGAACACAGUCGGAAAUGAACUUGCCAUCGCCGCCAGUCACUCCCUAUACUGGGAAUAAGAAACGGCGAUCGAAUGGACCAGAACCGAUUGAUAAGGAUGCCGUCGUCGGUUCCUCCAGGGACCCUGUUCUCUUUCCCCGCCACGAAGGCCUUACUGAUAUUGCCACUGAUGAGCCGUUGUUUGGGUCCAUGCUCCCCCCAUCGGCGGAAGCGUUGGUUGACCAGCAUAUAAAUUCUCACAUGGCGAGAUUUGAAAAUAAACUUAACAAGCCGACGCGUGACGAAUAUCUUCUAGCUCUUUCAUGCGUGCCGAUUGUAUCUGCUCAAUUUAACCGGAACCCAGCAGCAUGGGCUAGGGAAGAGCGGGAGACCUUAGAACGCCAGCUUUUGAUGAUGAAUCGGUGUCGUCCACGUGCUAUAGAUGCGAAGCUGAAGAAGAUCGCUCCGGCUCCCGCAAAGAGGGCAGUUGCUGCCCAGCCUCGUCUGCAACGGACACCAAGGGUAAAGCGGACGCCAAAGUCCACACCGAAGCAAAGGAUCCUCGAUACAUUUGACUCACCCCCGUCGAGUGCCAAGCCGCCUCGCGCCAUAGGCACAAACCGGGAUGAUACAGAUUACAACUCCAUUAAGGACUAUUGCCCCUCAAUAGAGACCCUUGGAGGCAACGCAAAGGCACUAAAGGCAGAUUGGAAAGGCCAAGUGUUAGAUCUCAGCCAUGAUCCGGAUCGGCAUUUGCUGAGCUCUGCAGAGCUCAACCUUGCUGCUACUUUAAGGCUUUCAUGUGCGACCUACCUAUGCAGCAAGCGUCGCAUUUUCGAAGCCCGCGUGAAGGCUUUGAAUGUUGGUAAGGAAUUUCGGAAGACCGAUGCUCAGCAGGCUUGCAAGAUUGAUGUCAAUAAAGCAAGCAAGCUCUGGACGGCGUAUGAGCGGGUUGGUUGGUUCGAUCCCGAACAUUUUCGACAGUAUCGACAGUAUCGAAGAUAA